CAUCAACCUUUUAUUCUUUCGAGACAAGAUUGCGCUACCAAUUUUGGACACCAUGCAUUUCGCCUCAUGCAGGUACAGGAGAUGUUCACACUUCUUUUUGUUCGGCGAACUUUUAGUGCCGCGUGGCCAAGGACCUAGCAGAAGGGGCUAGACAAAAGGCGAGUGCUCCAUGCCGCUGUGCUUAAUAUGGCAACCAUUAACUUAUCGGUUCGCAGCCUCAGCCCAACAAGGGGUGGGCUGAGGACACCGUGAAAAUCACGAGCAACGCUUAUUGAUAAGGGCUCUCGUUCUCUGCUUGAGUCUCUUGGCCCUAGACCCCUUUGUUCACCCCCUUCAAUUGAGCCAUCUUGCGCUCCACUUGCACUACCAGCCAGAGAACAGGCAGGCAGGAGUGCUCGCCGCUGUACACAAUUGCACAUCAUGGCUCAAGUAUCGUGGAGUGGGACGGCCAGGAUCAAGGGCUCGUCGGAGGCGACACGCAUGGCCUUGUUGACCAUAAGUCUGAUUGGAAUUCAAUUCACAUGGGGUGUCGAAAUGACCUACUGCACACCGUACCUUCUCCGUCUCGGCCUCACGAAAGACAAGGUCUCGCUCGUUUGGCUCGCAGGCCCCCUCUCCGGCUUGAUCAUGGCGCCGAUAGUAGGCCUACUGGCGGACAAGUCUACGUCGCCUUGGGGCCGCCGCAGACCCUUCAUGGCGAUCGGCACACUCAUCGUCUGCGCGUCCCUUUUCAUACUAGGUUGGACUUCGGAGGUCGUCUCGUUCUUCGUCCAAGAUCCGGAGACGAAGAAGUCUGCUACGGUGAUUCUGGCUGUCCUUGCAAUCUACGGCGUCGAUUUUGCGAUCAACGCUGUGCAGGCGUGCGGUAGAGGUUUGAUCAGCGACACCCUCCCGCUGUCGAAGCAACAGAUGGGGAGUGCGUGGGCUAGUAGGAUGGUAGCUGUAGGCAGCUUGAUCGGGUACGGCUUUGGGGCCAUGGAUCUGACGAAGCUGUUUGGAAACAGCAUUGGCGAGACGCAAUUCAAGCAGCUUAUCGUGGUGGCGGGACUGAUACUCGUGUCCACGGUUGGAGCUACUUGCUGGGCAGUGGAAGAGAGGAUACUGAUCACGAACGGUAAGGAAAAUGAGGAGACUACGGCUUUGGAAACGAUCAAGGGGCUCUUCAGGCAGAUAUGGGAUACAGCCCUGAACAUGCCGGAACGUAUUGCAGCUAUUUGCUGGGUCCAGUUCUGGUGCUGGAUCGGCUGGUUUCCGUUCCUGUUCUACUCGACCACGUGGUUGGGCGAAGUUUAUCUACGCUUCAAUGCCCCCGCAGAUGCAAAGGAGCACCCAGAUUCCCUUGCACAAGUUGGUCGUGUCGGAAGCAGUGCUUUGAUCGUGUUCUCCAUUGUGACUUUCGUGUCCUCCAUGGUCAUGCCAUGGUUUAUCGACGGUCUGGAAGAGGAAACAGAUGGAUUCACACCUCGUCCUCCUGCAAGCAUCGCGUGGAUCGUCGAGGAAGUGCAGAAACACAAGCCACCGCUUGUGUCAGCUUGGUCGUACUCUCACAUCAUCUUCGCGGGGUCAAUGAUUGCGGCUCCGUUCGUUACUUCUUUGCGAGCAGCAACCACCAUCGUAGCUCUUUGUGGAGUGUGAGUCUCAUUUCCAGCUAAAUCCUUCACGAUGGGGCUGACUUGCGUAGACCGUGGGCUCUGGCGUGCUGGGCACCGUUCACGUUCAUAGGCGUUGAAAUCAACCGACUCGCUUCUGGGGAAGCAAAGCCGGGGCACAAACAUCGCGCCUCAGUCGACCUGGAAGCAGAAAAGGCGUCUCACGGCUUACUUGAAGACCCAUCCUCAACAACCGGAGAUCUAUCCGGCAUUUAUCUCGGCAUCCUAAACGUGUACACUACCCUCCCGCAGUUCUUAGGAACCUUCAUUUCUUGGGUCGUCUUCUCGAUUCUGGAGCCGGGAAAAAGUCCGGAACUGGCAAAGGAAGCACAUCCCGACGAACAUCAUUCUACAGAUGGCCCAAACGCAAUUGCUGUGUGUUUGUGUAUCGGUGCGUUGGCCGCCGUGGUGGCCUCCUACAAAACGGAGAAGUAUAGACGCAUGAUCGAGUAGAACUCAAUUUACUAGACACUGAGACAUUUUUCACGUCUUGCAGGAUACGGUAAAGACGUGUCCGGGAAGCAAGCUUUCGUAUGUUGGGCAAGGAAAAGCACUGAGUGGUGUGUCUUAGAAAAGAGUCAUUGUCAGUCAUGUCAGCGAGCGGUUGCAAGACGUUUUCUACACGUCUGCUGCUCGGUAAGGGAACAACGGGAUAACCCAACGGGUUGAAGAACAUUGUACAAAUUAGCUCCUACGAUAGAGGCGUUCCAUCGAACAGAAGAAUAUACACUGGAAGAUCCAGAUUGGGUCGGUCAGCCCGUGCAAGAUAGGAGACGCGACGUAAUCAGCCGCGUUGCAGGGUGACGGCCGAGCAUUUGGACUUUGCAUCACUCGGUUGCGCUGACCAGAACAGCGUACGUCCAUGAAACGGAAGAGUGCCGUGGCUCGUCUGCCUGCGAUCGGGACAGGAAGCAUUUUGCGGUCAAGGGGUGAUCUGCUAGCCUAGGUGGUAGUGGACGUUGACGGCGGAUUUUUUUUUGGCGGGCAAUGAGGGACCAGGGAAUUGCGCCACAGACCAAACGACCUAAGCAAACGUUUUAGUUCAACGCAACAGUACAAC